AUGGGGAAGCCCGAGAACAACAAACCUCCAGCCAUCCACUCCCAGGAGAACAACAAACCUCCAGCCAUCCACUCCCAGGAGAACAACAAACCUCCAGCCAUCCACUCCCAGGAGAACAACAAACCUCCAGCCAUCCACUCCCAGGAGAACAACAAACCUCCAGCCAUCCACUCCCAGGAGAACAACAAACCCCCAGCCAUCCACUCCCAGGAGAACAACAAACCUCCAGCCAUCCACUCCCAGGAGAACAACAAACCUCCAGCCAUCCACUCCCAGGAGAACAACAAACCCCCAGCCAUCCACUCCCAGGAGAACAACAAACCUCCAGCCAUCCACUCCCAGGAGAACAACAAACCUCCAGCCAUCCACUCCCAGGAGAACAACAAACCCCCAGCCAUCCACUCCCAGGAGAACAACAAACCUCCAGCCAUCCACUCCCAGGAGAACAACAAACCUCCAGCCAUCCACUCCCAGGAGAACAACAAACCCCCAGCCAUCCACUCCCAGGAGAACAAACCUCCAGCCAUCCACUCCCAGGAGAACAACAAACCCCCAGCCAUCCACUCCCAGGAGAACAAACCUCCAGCCAUCCACUCCCAGGAGAACAACAAACCUCCAGCCAUCCACUCCCAGGAGAACAACAAACCCCCAGCCAUCCACUCCCAGGAGAACAACAAACCCCCAGCCAUCCACUCCCAGGAGAACCACAAACCCCCAGCCAUCCACUCCCAGGAGGAGAACUACAAACCUCCAGCCAUCCACUCCCAGGAGAACAACAAACCCCCAGCCAUCCACUCCCAGGAGAACAACAAACCCCCAGCCAUCCACUCCCAGGAGAACAACAAACCUCCAGCCAUCCACUCCCAGGAGAACAGCAAACCUCCAGCCAUCAACUCCCAGGAGGAGAACCACAAACCUCCAGCCAUCAACUCCCAGGAGAACAAACCUCCAGCCAUCAACUCCCAGGAGAACAAACCUCCAGCCAUCCACUCCCAGGAGGAGAACUACAAACCCCCAGCCAUCCACUCCCAGGAGAACAAACCUCCAGCCAUCCACUCCCAGGAGAACAACAAACCCCCAGCCAUCCACUCCCAGGAGAACAACAAACCUCCAACCAUCCACUCCCAGGAGGAGAACCACAAACCUCCAGCCAUCCACUCCCAGGAGAACAACAAACCUCCAGCCAUCCACUCCCAGGAGGAGAACCACAAACCUCCAGCCAUCAACUCCCAGGAGGAGAACCACAAACCUCCAGCCAUCCACUCCCAGGAGGAGAACUACAAACCCCCAGCCAUCCACUCCCAGGAGGAGAACUACAAACCUCCAGCCAUCCACUCCCAGGAGGAGAACUACAAACCCCCAGCCAUCCACUCCCAGGAGGAGAACUACAAACCUCCAGCCAUCCACUCCCAGGAGGAGAACUACAAACCCCCAGCCAUCCACUCCCAGGAGGAGAACCACAAACCUCCAGCCAUCAACUCCCAGGAGAACAAACCUCCAGCCAUCCACUCCCAGGAGGAGAACUACAAACCCCCAGCCAUCCACUCCCAGGAGAACAAACCUCCAGCCAUCCACUCCCAGGAGAACAACAAACCCCCAGCCAUCCACUCCCAGGAGGAGAACUACAAACCUCCAGCCAUCCACUCCCAGGAGAACAAACCUCCAGCCAUCCACUCCCAGGAGGACAACUACAAACCUCCAGCCAUCCACUCCCAGGAGAACAAACCUCCAGCCAUCCACUCCCAGGAGGACAACUACAAACCUCCAGCCAUCCACUCCCAGGAGGAGAACUACAAACCUCCAGCCAUCCACUCCCAGGAGGAGAACAACAAACCUCCAGCCAUCCACUCCCAGGAGGAGAACCACAAACCUCCAGCCAUCAACUCCCAGGAGAACAAACCUCCAGCCAUCCACUCCCAGGAGGAGAACUACAAACCUCCAGCCAUCCACUCCCAGGAGGAGAACUACAAACCUCCAGCCAUCCACUCCCAGGAGGAGAACAACAAACCUCCAGCCAUCCACUCCCAGGAGGAGAACUACAAACCUCCAGCCAUCAACUCCCAGGAGAACAAACCUCCAGCCAUCCACUCCCAGGAGGACAACUACAAACCUCCAGCCAUCCACUCCCAGGAGGAGAACUACAAACCUCCAGCCAUCCACUCCCAGGAGGAGAACUACAAACCUCCAGCCAUCAACUCCCAGGAGAACAAACCUCCAGCCAUCCACUCCCAGGAGGACAACUACAAACCUCCAGCCAUCCACUCCCAGGAGGAGAACUACAAACCUCCAGCCAUCCACUCCCAGGAGGAGAACAACAAACCUCCAGCCAUCCACUCCCAGGAGGAGAACCACAAACCUCCAGCCAUCAACUCCCAGGAGAACAAACCUCCAGCCAUCCACUCCCAGGAGGAGAACUACAAACCCCCAGCCAUCCACUCCCAGGAGAACAAACCUCCAACCAUCCACUCCCAGGAGGAGAACCACAAACCUCCAGCCAUCCACUCCCAGGAGGAGAACUACAAACCCCCAGCCAUCCACUCCCAGGAGAACUACAAACCCCCAGCCAUCCACUCCCAGGUGGAGAACCACAAACCCCCAGCCAUCCACUCCCAGGAGGAGAACUACAAACCUCCAGCCAUCCACAGAUCAGAUAGACACAGGAGAAACAGACAGAUUCUCUGGACAGAGGGAGAGAGUGAUAGUCUGCGUGGCAGUGUCAAUGUGUAG